AUGGUUUGGACGAGGUUUCUUGUUGCCUUUUUAUUGGCUUUGACAACACAGGUUCAAUCAAAACCUCAAUAUCGAGAUUGGAGAUCUUAUGGAAUCAUCCAAAUAGUGCCGGCACCAAUAUCACAGCCAUCUAUACCGGUUCAAAGUAACCCAUCGCAAUUAGCGCCUUGCAACUGUCCUACAUCAGUUUCAAAUCAUGGUAUCACAACUGCCGCUCCCUGCAAUUCUUGUGUUCCUAAUCAAUCCACGCCUGCUCCUACCCCUGCACCCACACAAAUAGUACCAAAAGUGCCUGAACCUUGCAACAAAUCUGCACCAAAACCGGAACCUUCGACUGCUGCCCCCUGUGCAACACCUGCUCCUACCCCUGCACCCACACAAAUAGUACCAAAAGUUCCUGAGCCUUGCGUCAAUACUACACCAAAACCAGAACCCUUAACUGCUGCCCCCUGUGCCACACUUGCUCCUACUCCUGCACCGACCCAAAUAGUACCAAAAGUGCCUGAGCCUUGCGUCAAUACUACACCAAAACCAGAACCCUUAACUGCUGCCCCCUGUGCCACACCUGCUCCUACUCCUGCACCGACCCACAUAGUACCAAAAGUGCCUGAGCCUUGCGUCAAUACUACACCAAAACAAGAACCCUCGACUGCUGCCCCCUGUGCUACACCCGCCCCUACCCCCGCUCCUACACCAGCUCCCACCCAAGUAGUACCAAAAGUGCCUGAACCAUGUGAUACGUCAGCACCGAAACAGAAAAUAAAGGUAACGCCAGCACCAGCUGUCAUAUCACAGACACAAGCACCGACCAAUGCUCCUUCUGUCUCAUCCAACUGCCGAAACGGUGAAAUCUAUCCCUCAAGCAGCGGCAGCUGUGACCAGUUCCUUAUGUGCUACAACAGAGUAUUGGUCUUGAUGAUCUGUCCACCCGGCCUAGCAUUCAACUAUAAUACGAAGAGCUGUGAUUGGUCAGCAAACGUACCGGCGUGUAGUGCACGAGUCCAAUCAAAACCUCAAUACCAAGAUUGGAGAUCCUAUGGAAUUGUUCAAAAUGCAUCCUCAUCGACAUCAGAGAAAUCUAAUCCGGUUCAAAGUAUACCAUCGGAGUUAGGGAAUUGCAACUGUCACGAUAUGUCAACUGCUACUUACGUUCCAAGCCGAAUAGUGCCUAAAGUACCUGAUCCAUGCACCCCACCUGCACGUGAACCUGAACCUUCAACUGCUGCUCCCUGUGCUUCACCGGCUCCCACACCAGCACCCACCCAAAUAGUACCAAAGGUCCCAGAACCAUGCAUCACCCCAGCACCCAAACCUGAACCUUCAACUGCGGCUCCCUGUGUUACACCGGCUCCAAAACCUGCACCCACCCAAAUAGUACAGAAGGUUCCAGAACCAUGCAUCACCCCAGCACAUAAACUAGAACCUUCAACUGCUGCUCCCUGUGUUACUCCGGCCCCCACACCAGCACCCACCCAAAUAGUACCAAAAGUCCCAGAACCAUGCAUCACCCCAGCACCCAAACCUGAACCUUCAACUGCGGUUCCCUGUGUUACACCGGCUCCGACGACUGCACCCACCCAAAUUGUACCAAAAGUACCAGAACCUUGUACCAGCCCCUCACGUAAACCAGAACCUUCGACUUCAGCACCUUGUGUUACACCUGCUCCUACUCCUGCACCGACCCAAACAGUACCAAAAGUGCCUAAACCUUGUGUCAAAUCUACACCACAACCAGAACCCUCGACAUCUGCCCCCUGUGUUAUACCCGCCUCUACCCCCGCCCCUACAUCAGCUCCUACCCCUGCACCGACCCAAGUAGUACCAAAAACGCCUGAACCGUGUGAUACGUCAGCACCGAAACAGGAAAUAAAGGUAACGCCAGCACCGGCUGUCAUAUCACAGACACAAGCACCGACCAAUGCUCCUUCUGCCCCGACCAACUGCCAAAACGGUGAAAUCUAUCCUUCAAGCAACGGCAGCUGUGAUCAGUUCCUUAUGUGCUACAACAGAGUGCUGGUCUUGAUGAUCUGUCCUCCCGGCCUAGCAUUCAACUAUAAUACGAAGAGCUGUGAUUGGUCAGCAAACGUACCGGCGUGUAGUGCUGGAGCAUAC